GAAAAUUCUCGUUUCUGGAAUUCUAAGACAUGCAGAGAGAUCAUAACAGCAAACCCACUUUCACACAGAUCAUGGUUGCCUCUUCGAUUGGCUUCAUCAUUGCAGCAGCGGUGCGGUAUCAUCUUAGGAAGCUAAGGGAUCAAAAGAUCAUCCCACGCCUAAGAUCAAGGGACAAAGGCCACGGCCGCAUUGAAAAGCUAGAAAGGUUUCCUCACUACGUAGCUAGGCAGAUGGGAUUUAAAGAUAGAAGAGAAUGCCCUUUGCUUUGCAAGUUGGCUUCAGAAUACAUCAGGAAAUCCGAGGGUUGUGAAGAUGAUAUAUAUACAUUCUUUUCCAAUGAGCCGGAUGUGGAUUCGCUCUUUGUUAAGCUUGUGGAGGAAUUUGAGAGAUGCAUUCUUAGUUAUUUUGCAUUCCACUGGAGCCAUGCAGAUCUUGUGAUUAGUCAGGUUUUAAGUUCUGAUGUUGAGCCCAAGAAAAAGCUCAAGCAGAUUGUCAUGGCAGCAACUAGGGAACAGAGAUUCGAGAGGGUGACAAAAAAUCUGAAGGUGGCUAGAGUUUUCACCACAUUGGUGGAAGAAAUGAAAGCAAUGGGCCUCACAUCAACCGAUGACUCUCAGUGUACAGAGGUGAUGGCUCCAGUGGCUCACAGUGAUAGAAGUCCAGUGCUGCUACUCAUGGGAGGUGGGAUGGGAGCUGGGAAGAGCACCGUGCUUAAGGACAUUCUCAAAGAACCAUUCUGGGCAGGAGCAGCAGGGAAUGCAGUUGUGAUUGAGGCAGAUGCAUUCAAAGAAUCAGACGUCAUCUACAGAGCCCUCAGCUCCACAGGUCAUGUGGACAUGGUCCAUACAGCUGAAUUAGUGCACCAAUCAUCUACAGAUGCAGCAUCAUCCCUUCUAGUGACAGCACUCAAUGAAGGGCGGGAUGUGAUCAUGGAUGGAACACUCUCCUGGAUACCAUUUGUUGUGCAGACAAUAACUAUGGCCAGAUGUGUCCAUCGCCGCCGAUAUCGUAUGGGUGCUGGUUACAAGGAAGGACCUGAUGGCACUGUAACUGAGAACUACUGGGAACAAAUCGAAGAAGAAGAUCAAGUGCAAGAAGGAGGGAAAAUGAGGAAGCCAUACAGAAUAGAGCUAGUUGGGGUUGUCUGUGAAGCCUAUUUAGCGGUUAUUAGAGGCAUAAGGAGAGCUAUAAUGUGUAGACGAGCAGUAAGGGUGAAGUCACAAUUGACAUCCCACAAGAGAUUUGCAAAUGCAUUUCCAACAUACUGCCAACUGGUUGACAAUGCCAGGCUAUAUUGCACCAAUGCUUUGGAAGGUCCACCUAAGUUGAUAGGAUGGAAAGACAGAGACAAGACUUUGCUGGUUGAUCCAGAUGAAAUUCACUGUUUAAAGAAGGUUGGCAGGCUGAAUGAGAAAGCAGAGUCCAUAUACGAACUUUACAAGCACCCCAACCCUGCUUGUGAAGCUGGUUCAAUUUGGAAAGACAUUGUAUUAUCACCUUCUAGAUUAAAUAUUCAACAGGAGCUGAAGUAUUCCAUCCAGAAAGUGGAAAGAAUGGCACAGCUGUAAUGGACUUUCGAGCUUGUGAACAUCGACAGACAAAAAGUUGAAAGCUGAAGGAGGUGUCUCAAACCUUUUGCUAUAUUUAUGAGAAGAAUGCUUACCAAGGUUGAAUUAAGAUCAUGACGCUCAUUUGUAAAAUUGUCUUUACUAGAUAAGCUCAGUUCAGAUUGUGAAACUGAAAAACAGAAUAUUUCCAUUAAUUGUGAUAGGUGUUUCAAAUAAUUUGCUAGUAUAGGUGCAGAACUUAUCACAUUGUAACUCCGAAAGGGAAUUAAAAAGAAAGCAAUCACAGCUGAAUCU